CCAAAUCCAGGCAUGGUCCGACUACCAUCCACUGUUUCCCUUGUGAUUCCUCUCUCUCUCUCUCUCUCUCUCCCCCUUUCUCUCUCAAUAUUUGGACUAACAAAUCAAAACCCAUGUCCAUUUCCAGUAAUUUGCCCCCCCACCCCCACAAAACACACACAGACACUAUAAAUAGAUAGAAGCUCUGCGAGGCCGAGGCUCGACAUCCAUUCUAACCAGAAAAGAAAGAGUAUUAUGCAAGCGGCUCAUUCGUCUUCCCUCUGCAUCCUCCUCCUCCUCUUCUUCUAUGGCUCUUCAAUGGCUUCUCCAUAUGAGGGGCCUCUGUACGAUUCUUAUGCUUUCUCCAAGUGUAAAGAGCAGCCGGAGCCGCCGCUUUACGAUGGAGGAGUCCUGAAAGACCAGGCUCCGGCCGCCCAACCGAUCGUCUGGGACGGCGGAAUUUCAGAUUACUGGCCUGCUUUCGUGCUGCACAGUCUCACCAAAUCAACCCUUUACUGCUUCUCCAGUUGGAUCAAGAUCGAUGGUGCGGAUUCAGCUCAUGUAAAAGCCAGCCUGAUGACUGCCCAAACAACAUACGAUUGCAUCGGCACCGUCAUAGCCAAGCAUGGAUGCUGGUCUUUUCUCAAAGGCGGAUUCGAAUUAAGCUCACCAUCCAAUAUCUCUCUCCUAUACUUUCAGAGUUCAGGCGACAGAGAUGUCAACAUAACGGUUGCGAGCUCUUCUUUGCAGCCAUUCACCAAGCAGCAAUGGCGAGCUCAUCAGCAGUAUAAAAUCGACACUGUGAGGAAGCGAGCUGUGACAAUUCACGUAUCGGACAGUCAUGGAGGCAGCCUGAAAGGAGCAAGAGUUUCGGUCGAACAGGUUGCCAAAGAUUUCCCAUUUGGCUCCGCCGUAGCCAAGACCAUCCUCGGCAAUCAUCCCUAUCAGAAAUGGUUCGUGGAGCGAUUCAACGCAGCGGUGUUUGAAAACGAACUGAAAUGGUACGCGACGGAGCCGAAACAGGGGGAGGUGAACUACACCAUAGCCGACCAGAUGCUGGAAUUUGUCCGGGCGAACCAGAUAGCCGCCAGAGGCCACAACAUCUUCUGGGAAGACCCGAAAUACACGCCGGAAUGGGUCCGAAACCUCACCGGCGCCGAGCUGGAAUUCGCCGUCAAAGCUCGGAUUCAGAGCCUCCUGAGCAAAUACAGAGAGGAGUUCAUCCACUGGGAUGUCAGCAACGAAAUGCUGCACUUCGAUUUCUACGAGGAGAGGCUUGGCCCCAAUGCCACCGUGAAUUUUUUCGAGGAGGCGCAUGAAUCGGACCCGCUGGCAACGUUGUUCAUGAACGAGUUCAAUGUGGUGGAGACUUGCAGCGAUCAGAGUUCGACUGUGGAUGCGUAUAUUUCAAGGAUGAGGGAGCUGAAGGAAGGGGGAGUUUCCAUGGAUGGCGUUGGGCUGGAGGGCCAUUUCACAGUUCCAAAUCUUCCUCUGAUGAGAGCCGUCCUGGACAAGCUCUCGACGUUGGGGCUUCCCAUUUGGCUUACAGAGGUCGACAUUAGCCGCACCAUUGACAAAGAAACGCAGGCUGUUUAUCUGGAGGAAGUAGUGAGAGAAGGCUUCUCCCAUAGUUCUGUAAACGGGAUAAUGCUGUGGACUGCGCUGCAUCCAAAAGGGUGCUACCAGAUGUGCCUUACAGACAAUGAUUUCCAUAACCAUCCAGCUGGGGAUGUGGUCGACAAGCUGCUCAGUGAAUGGAGGACUGGGAUUGAAGAGGGCCAGACCGAUGAACAUGGCGCAUACAGCUUCCAUGGGUUCUUGGGUGAAUACCAAGUCAGUGUUGCAUUUGGCAACACAACUGCCAAGGGAUCUUUCUCGCUUUCUGGUGGGGAUGAGACUAAGCAUUUUAACAUUCAUCUGUGAUUGUAAUGGCUGGGGGAUGUUGAUGGCAUAUCAAGUGUAGUGUAGCUAAUUCAAUCAAUGCAUCACAUUUACAGUCUCUUUUACUAAAAAUAAGUUAUUUAAGAUGGUC